UCUCUUAGUUCACCCCCUCGGCCUCUCUCUCUCUUCAGCAGUGGUUGAAAUUAGUAGUUUGUAGAUUUAAAGUUUGAACUUUGAAGAUUUGUGAUGAUUUUAAGGGAACCCAGAAAUGCAAAAGAUCAAAAGGUAGAAAGAAAAUAAAGGAACUGAAAAGAGGAAGGAAAAAAAAGGGAGAAACUAGGCACUUUUCUUUUUUGUUUGUCUUGUUUUUCUUCUUCUCCUGUGUUAGAUCUUUCAUAGGUGCAAUCCUCUCCUCCACUAGAGAAACCUGAGAACAAAAGAUAGAGAUCCCUUCCUUCUCUUACUUCUCUUACAGGUGAUGUUAUCACAACUUCUCAUCCUUGUUUAGCUCCACCCAUCAAUGGCCUUUUCAAGUUCUUGAAGUAACUCUAUAGUUUAUCUCCCUUGAUUAUGAGAUUUGAAGAGUUCUAUAUUGAUAAGGGAGUAUCCUAUACACCAGUUUACUUCUUCAUGCAUUUUUCUUUCUUUCUUAGUAUCCUAUCUAUGUGUUAAUUAGUCUUUCAGAUAGAUAGAUAGAUAGAUAGGUAGAUGCAUUCAGUGAUGGCUGAUCAAGGCGCUAGUAAUGUUUUGAGGGAAUACAGGAAAGGCAACUGGACUGUUCAUGAGACGUUGGUUCUGAUUUCUGCAAAGAAGAUGGAUGAAGAGAGGAGAAUGAAGAGAGGUGGAGACAGUGGUGAGGGUAGAAGCAGACCGGCAGAGUUGAGAUGGAAGUGGGUUGAAGACUAUUGUUGGAGACAUGGGUGCCUGAGGAGCCAAAACCAGUGUAACGACAAGUGGGAUAAUCUGAUGAGGGAUUACAAGAAGGUGAGAGAUUAUGAGAGAAGGUUGGCUGAGAGUGGAGAUGGAGAAGAGAACAGUUACUGGAAGCUUGAGAAGCAUGACAGGAAAGAGAGGAACUUGCCGUCCAAUAUGGUGAUGGAGAUAUAUGAUGCUUUGGUGGAGGUGGUGGAGAAGAGAGGUGUUCAGAGGGUGAGUGCUGGGUCUGCUUCUAAUACUUCUGCUCUUGCUGUCGACAAAGCAAUGGCUAGCGUUCAGCCUUCUUUGCCUCCAUUACUGCAAUAUCACAGCUCAGAUCCAACUCCAACUCCAACGCUACCAUUACCACCAGCACCACCUCCACCUCCACCUCCAACUCUCCCACAAUCUCAGCCUUUACCCACGUUAGAUGUUGAUAGCUCAGAUUCUGAUACAAGUGAGCAUUCACAAUCUCAAGCAAAGAGGAGGAGAAGAGGAGAGGGAACCAGCAGUGCUAGUAACAACUCACAUGAAGUGGGUUCUGCAAUCUCAAAGAGUGCAUCCAUUAUAGCAGAAGCUCUCCAAGCUUGUGAGGAGAAGGAGGAAAGAAGGCACAGAGACCUUCUUACAAUGCAGGAGAGAAGACUGAAGAUCGAGGAGUCAAGGAUAGAGAUCAAUAGGGAAGCCAUUAAUGGUCUUGUUGAUGCCAUUAACAAGCUCUCCAGUUCAAUCCUUGCUUUAGUUUCUAACAGGACCCCAGCUGCACCAAAAUGACAUCAGACAGCAAGCAAGGAAGAGAAAGAACUAUUGAGCUAGAUAAAACACCCAAAAAGAGCAUUUGCAUCCAUUUGCCUGUAUAUAGCUCAAAACCCAUUUGACAUUUGUGUUCUUUCCAUUUCUUUUCCUUGUUUGGCACCACUCCCAUUAAUCAUUUUAAUUAUAAUUGAUGUUCAGUUGAGCAAUUUGAAUUCCA